CCAGUACCAUGAACUCGACGAACCCAUCCUUCGAGGAGCUGUACCCCCUCUUGACCCUUCCUAGGAUCCCCGACCUAGCCCUUUCAUCCAAAGUUGUCAUCCCUAAAAUCAAUUCUAUCGACUCUACCGUCAUCGACAUUGGUAUCUCCAAAUCCAUCAUCUCCAGCUAUAUUAUCAAACCUACCCCAAAAUUGAUAUGGUCAUUUGCAUUAAGCCCCACCAGCAUUGUCGACUGUAUGGAUGUUGCAGAAGCUUCUCAAAACAACACCAAGUUGUAUGCCAUAGGUAUAACCAAUCGUAAGAAGCACAAGCUUAUGGUGUUGGAAAGAGGAGACCAAAUACAAGAAAAUGAGCAGGGACAAAACAAAAUCAAAACCAUGGAACUUAAGGUUUCUCAUAAGAUUCAGGGAGUCAAGUUUUUUAACGAAGGAUCAUUCAUCUUGGUUAUCUUUGAAAACGGAAAUAUAGAGUUGAUCAAAGAAGAAAACGACGAGUUAAUAAAUACUUCCAAGUCAUUCAACCAUGUCUCAAGUGGUUUGGCCAAGGAAAAGUUGGUGUACUACGAAUUCAUCAACGAUAUUGAAAUAAGUAACGCAAUCCAAGCAGGUGGUAACAAGGAGUUAUUAUUAAUGGUUUUUGAAUCUAAAGAUAGUCUUCACUACAAAUUAAUAUCCCUCAACUUCCAGACCAAUUUGUUUGAAAUUAAUUCCAAGUCUAAUCCAAAGGUUAAGGGUGAUUUGAGGUUUACAUACAACUCUGGCCACAUUUAUCAAUUAAACCUGGAAGCACAACUGAUCGAAUCUGUCUCGAUAGUAAACUUCUCUUCUGUCAAGAGUAUCAGUAUCAAAUCUUUAGGUGCCGAAAAGGGCUCCACUGUAUCUUUAUGCUCACCAAGUCCUGAAAGGUUGGUGUUAUCAAUUGAUAACAAAAUCCACUUAAUCAACUUCAGGUAUGAGAGUUUGCUUGAUACAUUCGAAUCAGAUACUUCAUCCAACAAAGUCAUGGUCAACCAGGUUGUCUCUGUCAAAGGUAACUCUGUCAGGACCUCAAGAUCUAUGAUUUGUUACUUGAAUUCAAAAGCGAAGGAAAACAACGUCGACUUAAAUGUAAUCAACAUCAACGUCGGAUUGAACAAGCUAAACGAGUGCUUGGGUAAGAGCAUUGAAAAGAGCGAGAAGAAAUCGUUCCAAGGUUUGGUCAACUUGAUCGAAGAUGAGAUUGAGACUCCGUUAACCGCAUUAACCAAUGAAUUGAACGAAAUCUACCUGACCUUGAGUAACAUAACCAGAAAGGGAGAUGUUAAUCAAUGGGAAAGAAUCUUGGUGCCUUACUUGAAAAACGAGUCAUGGGAUUCAAUCAAGUCAGGAUUAAAGAAGACCAAGAACAACAAAGUUUACAACUUUCAAGAAUUUGAUAUUGAAAAUGAUAGAACUGUUGAUUGUAACUUUAUUCAGAAGGUAUUGGGCUUGAUUUUUGAUAUCAACAGCAAUGGGCUGGUCCAAUUCAAAUCCAAUGACUUUAUUCCAGAAUAUACCUUGAUCUACUUGUUGACCAACCCAAUCUUCCCUAUCGAAUACACUAACGGUUUAUUAAAAUUAUUGGAUGAGGCCAACCAAUUCACAUGUUUGAGGCAAGCGGUGAUUACUUGUCCUAACUUAUCCGUUGUUGAGCUUUUGACUCAAUUAUUAAACAGCAAAUACCAACAUGAUGUGGACGAGAGUACUCCUGGGAACAUUUUUGAAGAUUUGAUCAACAGGAUCAUUGGUGAAUUUUCGGUAAAUGAUAUCACCAACAAGUUCAAGCAAUUAAUAGAGAAUCAAGAGAAGAGGGAUUCAGGAAACGUCAUAAACUUGGAUAAUCUUUUGAACAGGUUAUUAAAGGUGAAGCAUAACAACAACAGUUGGUAUUUUAUCGAAUUGGUGAUUGAUGUUGGUGGGCUCUUCAACUGGUCUCUCAGCACCAUUGAAUCGUUGAGCGAGCUUAUAGAGAGCAAGGUGUCUGCUUUGGUUGACAACAGCUACAAUUUGACAUUGACCAAUCAAGCUUUAUUAAUCAAUGCCCCAGUUGACACUCCAAGAAAGCCAUCGAAGAAAAAGAAGUCCAAGAAUGAUAUCAUUUCUACCCAUCACAACUCUCAAUUGGAAUCCAUUUUGACGAUUAAUAACAAUACUUCAAACAGAAGAUUGUUGGACAACCCAAUCUCGAAGAAGAUUCCAAACUACUCCAUUGAAAAGUUGGUAAUUUAGGCAUAAAUACAAGACUCUUACACUAUCCACAAUC